GAACCUGAAUCGGGCGCGCUCGUACCACUUCGAAUCGGGAAAGGUUCAAGAGAGGUUCGUUUUCGGUCAGCAGCUGCAACAGCGGCUUCUUCAGUUGAUCUGUGAUUUGUGUGUGCGUGUGUGUGUUUGUGUACCGUGUAUCGCUGUGUUCUUAAACCACUCGAUCGAAGAUGUCUACCGGUAUUGCGGGAUGGCUAACAUGCCGGCAAGUGUUAAACAUUAUGGUAAUCUUUGGCUUUAUGCUGAACUAUGCGCUGCGCGUUAACUUUACGAUCGCCCUCGUGGCAAUGGUGAAAACCGUUGUGAACACGACAACGGGUACCAACGAGACAAUAGCCGGGAACGAUACAAUUACAACAACAACAUUGGCCACCACAACCGAACAGUCAGCGAUCGCCGAAGCGGACAAGUUUGAAUGGGACGCCAGCCAGCAAGCUCUCAUGCUGGGCAGCUUCUUUUGGGGCUAUGUGCUGACCGAGCUUCCGGGUGGCCGACUGGCGGAGGUGGUCGGUGGCCGGCGUGUCUUUGGCUACAGUAUGCUGUGGGCCAGUUGUCUUACUCUACUGACACCGCUCGCUGCUAAUGCACAUUACAUCGCCGUGGUCAUUCUGCGAGCCGUACUCGGUUUCUUCCUUGGUGCCUCCUGGCCUGCGAUUCACCCAUUGACCGCCGUUUGGAUUCCGCCCAUGGACCGAUCGAAGUUUAUUGCCAACAUGAUGGCUUCCUCGCUUGGUGCUGCCAUUACGAUGCCAAUCUGUGGAUUCCUCAUCGCAACGGUCGGUUGGCAGAGUGUGUUCUACUUCACCGGCGGAUUGGGGUUGGCCUGGUCCAUCAUCUGGUUCCUGGUGGUGUUUGAAUCACCCUCCACUCAUCCGCGCAUUACGCCCGAGGAGCGCAACGAAAUCGAGGGUGCCAUUAAUGCGGCCGGCAAAAAGAAGAAACCUUCGUACGUACCUUGGAAGCAGAUUCUUACCUCUGCGCCAGUAUGGGCCAUCAUUCUUACGCACGGUGCCUCGGUUUUCGGUUUCUUCACGGUUGUCAAUCAGCUGCCUACCUACAUGAAAAAUAUUCUGAACUUCAACAUCAAAGAGAACGGAUUGCUCUCUUCACUGCCUUACUUUGGAAAGUACGCGAUGGCUGUGAUAUCUUCGUACCUGGCGGAUUACUUAAGAAAGUCGGGCAAACUGACGACCACGCAAACGAGAAAGAUUUUUACGGCUUUCGCUGUGAUGGCUCCUGGAUUCCUGAUGAUCAUUCAGGUGUACAUGGGCGAAAACCGAACAUGGGCGGUCGCUAUCUUCACGCUCUCGCUCUUCCUGAACGGUGCAGUGACGGCCGGCUAUCUCGGUAAUGGUCUGGAUAUUGCACCCAACUUUUCGGGUACAAUCUUCGGCAUGGCCAAUACCCUGUCCUCGUUCGGUGGAUUCGUAUCAGCCUAUAUGGUGGGCGUCCUGACGAAUGAAAAUCCGAAAUCGUACGCACAAUGGCAAAUUGUGUUCUGGAUUCUUGCCGUCAUCUACAUCGUCGGUUCAUCAGCUUACGUGCUCAUGGGAACCGGUGAGCUGCAGGCUUGGAACAACCCGCCCGAAAAGGAUGAUGCUAAGGUCGAAACGGAAGAAGGUGUUCCGUUGAACGAACGAGGAACCGUUGCAGUAAAAUAAACACUCCGUUGUAGCCUGUGCAACAUUCGAAAACAGGGCGGGUCUCACGGUCCCUCUGAUUGAAUGUGUGCUGUAUCCGAGCGGUCGCUGGAAAAUCGUUCCAGCCCGGCCAUAGAUCGUGUCUCGUUUUUGGGCACACAACGAUCGAACGUCUUCCUCCGGGGACACAGGUAGAACAGGCAGCCGCGAGUGAAAUGAACGCAACUAGCAAGAUUAUUAGAGGAUUGCCGAUGCAGAAGUGUGUAGCAUUUAAUAACUUAUUGUUUUAACGAGCGCAUAAAGCCGAUCGAUUCCGCUUGUGCCGUAGUGGGGUCAUGCAGGGCAAAGGCUAAGGGAAAUGUGACUUAAGCUCCGUGUUUUAUUUUCCGGUAGGAUGAAGUAGGACCGCGUAAGGGAAUGAUGAACCUGAAGUAUGUCCGGAAUUAGAGCGCUCGCAUAUCGGGAUCGAAUUUAGCACUCAAGGAGCAGUGAGUUAACAGGAAGGUACGGUUGCAUGGGCGGGAAAUGUAUGAACAAUUUUCAUGUUCUAAUGAAAAUGAAUCAACUAGUGGUUCUUUGGUUAAAGACGUACCUCAUAACGAGAGGAACAGGGGAACGAACAGCAAAAGCCUUUUCAUGAAGUUGUUGCAUGAUUUCCCAGCCAGCCGCUUCCUUGCGCCACCGGGAGUACAUUAACAAUCUAGAUUUCAGUGGGCGUACCUUUUUAUCUGUUUGGAAAUCUUAAUGUUAAAAUGGGAGAAUCUUGUUAAAGUUUACAGAAUGUAGGAACAGGGUGCCACCGGAAUAAGACACAGGUAUAUAGUAGUGCACGCUCGUUUUCUUCGUUCGUUAGCCACGAGGAUACGGGUACUAGCAGCUGCAAAUACAACUUUUCAGAUAGAAAACAGAUUUCUCAAUGUGGAACUAGCGAGUGCUUGAACUUUUUUUUAUUUACAACAAUCUUAGUGUAGUGCUCACAAUAUUUUGCGUGUGUAUUCAAUUCAUAAGAGCAGGAUGUACUUUUUACUCGGAGGAAUAGAAAAUAAUAAAAGUCGACCUAACAUUUUUAUGUUAGGAAAGAGGCA